UGUCCGAAAAAUGAUAAGGAAUCGAGAUAUGAUAAACGAAAAUUAUUACCAACCGUUGUUAAAACCUGUUGUGAACUUGCUGCUGAACCACAGAAUAGAUUCUGUGGCUGAACCACGACUGUGAAAAUUAUAGUUGAUAACACACACGUGAUAACAAAAACAACGGUAUUUUUUUUUAUUAUUCUUUAUACAUUUUAAUAGUUAAUAGUUAAUUUUAGGUUUAGUCGUUUAGUUAGGAUUUAAGAAUCUCAUCUCGUUGGAUAUUUUUCAGAAUAAUGUGUACCGUAUAAUUUAGAAUUUUUAACUUUGAAUAUUGAGUUUUACAGUUUUUUUACGACCGAGUUUGAGAAACACGACCGUGUACGAUAAUGGACAUUUCAACUAUGCAAAUCAAACCGGUGACAGUGAAAUGGUGUCACCGGACAGUCGGCUCUUAACUUUUCUUAGAUAGAAAUCGCUCGAAUUUGUUGGUUCUUAAUUCGUUAGAGCAGAAUGGAUCACGCCGAGUUGGUGUUAGAAAUGUCUCAUUUGGAGCGGAUGCCUACAGCAGAUAGGUUGGCCCUAGCUAGACGGCGCCGGGUUCAACAACUACGACUAUGGGCCCAAAAAGAUCGCGAACGACGACGGUUAUCUCCACCUCGCAACAAUAGACAUAUAUAUUUCAGUGACAAUGUAAUGUUGUUGGAAGCUGCUUCUAGAAACGAUAUUGAAGAAGUAAAAAGACUUUUGACCAAAGGGGUCAGUCCUGAUGCUACAAAUGAAGAUGGACUUACUGCUUUGCAUCAGGUAAAUAACUGUUGUAAUAUAAAUUCUAAAGUAAAAGUUAUUAAAAUUAUUACAAUUUAUACAUACCUAUAUAUAAGGCUAUAUUACAAAUUUAGAAAAAAAUUAUUAAUUUAAAAAACCAACAUAGCG